CUGGCUCACUUCUGUACCUUCUGAUUUUUAUUUCGUCUCUUUUGGUUUCAUUCAAUACUGCUGGAAACUGAUUUUUAAUUUUGAACUCAGAAAAUGGGGAUUAACUCUGGAGUUAAUGUUUCGGAUGAUGCUGUACCAUAUGGGGGAAAAAGUGCCUUUACCCAACUGGAACACAACAUAGUGGCUGGAUAUCUUAUUACUGCAGGUGUGAUAAGUUUGAUAAGCAACAUUGUGGUGCUGCUCAUGUUUGUGAAGUUCAAGGAGCUCCGCACUGCCACCAACUUCAUCAUAAUCAACCUGGCUUUCACUGACAUUGGAGUGGCUGGAAUUGGCUAUCCUAUGUCAGCUGCAUCAGACAUCCAUGGCAGCUGGAAGUUUGGCUAUACUGGUUGUCAGAUCUAUGCUGCACUUAAUAUCUUCUUUGGCAUGGCCAGUAUUGGCCUGUUGACUGUGGUGGCCAUUGACCGCUAUCUCACCAUCUGCAGACCAGACAUAGGGCAGAAAAUGACGAUGCGCUCAUACAACCUUCUUAUUCUGGCAGCAUGGCUCAAUGCUGUAUUCUGGUCCUGCAUGCCUAUAGCGGGCUGGGCUGGAUAUGCCCCUGAUCCCACCGGCGCUACAUGCACCAUCAACUGGAGGCAAAACGAUGCCUCAUUCAUCUCAUACACUAUGGCAGUGAUUGCUGUGAACUUUGUGUUGCCACUGUGGGUCAUGUUUUACUGCUACUACAACGUGUCAGUCACUGUGACAAGACACAAGGCUGGCAACUGCCUGGACAGCAUCAAUAUCGACUGGUCAGAUCAGAUGGACGUCACCAAGAUGUCCAUUGUGAUGAUUGUCAUGUUCCUGGUGGCCUGGUCUCCCUACAGCAUUGUGUGCCUCUGGGCAUCAUUUGGUGACCCCAUGACCAUACCUGCCCCCAUGGCCAUCAUUGCUCCACUCUUUGCCAAGUCCUCCACUUUUUACAACCCCUGCAUUUAUGUGAUUGCCAACAAAAAGUUCAGAAGAGCCAUCAUAGGGAUGAUUCGAUGUCAAACCAGGCAGCGAGUCACCAUCAACACCCAGGUUCCCAUGACAACAUCGCAACAACCUCUGACUCAGUGAGAUGAAAUUGCUUAUACGCUGACAAUGAAAGCAUUUUUAGCAGAGCUCUAUGAUGAAAAAACAAAAUCACUUCCAGUGUUUACAUGUUUUCCUGUCGAAUAAACUGUGUAUUGUGGCUUUUACUGUGUAAAUUCCACUUCCUGUGACGCAGUAGUCAUUGUUUUUGUUACUUCAAUAACAAGUCUGUAUUCUUCA